CACUGCUCUUUCCCCCCUGUUGAAUAGCCCUACCAGCCCGUUGCCCCCUCUGUCGCUCCUCGGCGCAUUCGAAACAGCUCGCCCCUGACCCUCGAACAUGGCCACCAUCAUGGUGGAUGUUCCCGAAGGGGCAUAUCCCCUGCCUGUGGCCAUGAUUGAGCUACAGGGCAAGAUUCAAAACGAUGCGGAGGGCUGUGCCGGCGCGGUGGACCCCUGCUACUCGGCGCCCCCUGGUGGGCUGGACGCCGAUGGGGGUAAUGACGCCGGCACGGACGGUGCGUCUGCCACCUGUGACGAUGACCCCACCUCGGCCACGCAGUCGGGCCUCGUGCGGGAUGUCCGCGCUGGCCAAGUCGUCGGCCGCCUGUCCAAGGACUCGAUGGGAGCCUAUGUCCUGACCAUUGGGCGACACCGCCUUCGUGGGAAGGUUGCCCCACUGAAAAAGCCCCUGGUCGUCCUGAAGAAGGGUCGCCCAGGGCAAAGAGGAUCGCCAGCAAACCCAGAACUCGACCCCUGGACACGUUCACCGGCUGAUCGCCCGUCCGGGGACACCGAUUCCACCGACAGCCAGGCCCAGGGCGUCGCCUACUCGGUGGUGGCGAUCCUCAAGGAGAAGCUUGUCUUCGCCGCCCGGCCCGAGCCCGUAGUCACUGCCUCAUACCUGGGCAAGGCCACCCUCAAAUAGAAAUCUGCAACUUGAGCAUCCCAUA